CUGGGGACAGAGUACCAGACUACCAUAGAACCAGGACAACUGGACACAUACAGCCACUGCCCUACACCUCCCAGACUCCCAGGAGCCACGCCUCAAGCUCCGCUACUGAAGCAUCGGUUGUCUGCUCUCCGCUGUGCCACCACUAUGAAGAGUCCUAUGUUGGCACUGCUGUUGCUGUGUCUUUGUGUGCCUGGGCACUGUAACUGCCAGGCUGAAUGCCUCUCCUGCGCCCAGCUUCUGCCAAAAGAACUAAACUUUAACAUCAUGGUAUGUGUGGUGGAGUGUGAGGGCAGCAUCUCUUCAGCAUACACCUGGGACCUCUGUCGCAAGGCCUCUGUGGCAGCACAGUUCCCCUCCCUGUCUCUAGGGGGCACCAUGCUAAAACGAGCACAGGAGCGGGUGGAAGCUCUGCUGCCAGAAGCAGAGGAAGAACAGGGGGAGGAGGGACUCCUGUACGGCCCAACUCUUCAGCGUUACGACCAUGUGUCCCAUGCUCUCGGCCUGGACCAGCUGGAUCUGGACAGCUGGAACAAUCAGCUUGCAGGCUCCGCUGGCUACAACUCGCAGCAGCCCCGGGCUGAGGAGGAAGUCGAGGGGGAAGGGAUGGAGGAGGGAGAAGAUGCAAUGGAGCAGGAAGGGGCAGGGCUGAGCCUGUCAAAGCGCUUUGGGGGCUUUCUCAAAGGGAAGCACGGUUACAGGAAGUUGAUGGACCCAGGGAGGUCGUUCCAGAAGCGUUAUGGAGGGUUUAUAGGCGUUCGUAAAUCUGCCCGCAAGUGGAACAACCAGAAACGCUUCAGUGAGUUCCUGAAGCAGUACCUGGGGAUGAGCACCCGGGCCAGCGAGUACAACAGCAUGUCUGAAGACUUCAACCAGCAGAGCGAGGUGUAGCUCCACCCAUAACCCUGUCCGUAACACAUGACACAUGGCCCAGGCUCUAGACCAGGGCUCAACCACCACAUACUGAAGGCUGCUUUAUACCCCAUCGCUCGACAUGUCGUGCAACAGUUUUUGGGCGAUUCACCAACAUUCUAUUGUUGGAUGAUUUCAAAGAUGUAAUUGUUGUAAUUCAAAAGUAUAUACCCAAUAGCGAUAGCGGGUUGCAACACUGUACUGCCACUCCACUUUGACAAUUCAUAAUUAAACACAUGCUUGCCUUUAUUCCCUCUACAAAUUGAUAUUACAAUUUGUUACUUUACAAACUAGUAAUAAAUCCAUUAACAGAGUUGCUAACGAGCCUAAUAUUUUACAUUUACCAAGAUAUCCAUAAACGUGUAUUGAUGUAUUGGAUCCUGAUGCUUUGCUCUCAAAUAACCAUGGCAAGUUCAGUACUUUUUAUGUCUCUGCGACAUGCAGGAUAACCGUCGCAAUGUCACCAGAGAGAAGUAGUUCCGAGAUAAGGUAACUUAGAGUAUAAACUAUCAUUGCAACAUUUUGAUGCUCAGUUGUAGCCCGACAUGUUGAGUGACGGACUGUAAACCAAUCUUAUUACCUGCAACCUGCAAACAACCCUGUUUUAACCCUGCCCCGUACACACAUGAACACGCACACAUACUUAUACAUACAUGGGCGCACACACACAUGCAUGUACAUGAAUACACCUCUCAAAGUAAAAUUUGCCACCUUGGAUAAUGAUCUAUCCUGACCACAACCUCAUGGAUAUGUACAAUGAAGUCAAACACAUGGAUCACUAUCAGCUUCAGCCUUACAUAUUCUCUCAUAGAUGAGAAUUAUAACAUGUUGAUAACAAUAAGGUAUUAAGCAUAAACUAUUAAUGAAGUGUGUAUAAUUUGAUUAUCUGAAAAAUCCCAUUCAAAUACUGUUACUUUACAGGACGACAAUAAACAACAGUAAAAAAAGGCAAACUUGCUUCAUGCUGUUCUAUCAGAUGCAUCAUUUUCAAAACCAUUUAGCCUUUAUUCGUCAUAAGGAUGCAACAGCAGUUUCUGUUGUUUUAAGUUGUUAUCAUUUUGUUGCUUGGACAUUCAGUGAAAAGAUGAUGAACACAACCUUCUGGUCACCAAGGUACCAAUGGCUAUCUGACAUCAAAGCAGUUUCCACCAAGGAAUAUUUUACGAUGGGUUACCACAAGUUAAGAUUUGAUUAAGUUGUCAUCCCAGUACCACCUAAGUAUUACAUUUCACCUACCCCAUCACUCUUUUUACUGGUACAAGGCUCAGGGCAUGUUCAUUAUUACGCCUAUACCACCCCUUGUGGCUGAUAGUAACAUUGCAGUCCAUGAAUUGGAGCAGAAUCGAUCACAAUUAAUGAUAAUGGGUGAGUUUCAACCAAUCCCUGUAUUCCAAAUAUCUCUUUCAGUCAAUCUUUUAACUGAAAAAAUUGCCUUUAGAUAGCUUUCAAGGAAACGGUUCUGUCAUGAGUAUUGACCUUGAGUGUUUAUGUAUGCAGACAAAGCAUAUUUAUUGUAUAAAUUGUGUUUAACUAUGAUUAAAAUUGUUGCCAUGUGUGAAUUUGAUGUGGUUGUUCAAUAUAAAACCUGUACAUAACAGAUAUUGGACAAUAAAGAUAGUUUACUAUUUCCUUUGUGACUUUUCAUGCAGCAA